AUGUGGGAAUGUGACAAGUGCAGCCUGUGUCAGUGCCUGUUUUCCCAAAGGAAAAGACUGCAGACUAUAUGUGGUGCUGCUUUUGUUUCUGCAGUGGAGUCCAUCACUGACGUGUACACGGUGAGCCAGCUGAAGCAGAAGGCCCGGGAGGACCCUGAGGCUUUCUUUGGCAUCACAUACAGCUUCAUCUCCAGGCUCGACCUCGACUCCUCUGUUUCAAAAGUCAUCAGGACACGGUGCUCCAGGUGUAAGUUUCAGGUGACUGAUGACAUGCAGAGCUGCACCAAUGAGUUGUGUCCAGGGAGGGAUCAGGCCCUUUCAGCCUCCACAGGCUUUGACCUGCUGGUGGACUUCACAGACCACACCGGCACCUUGCACGCCUGCACCCUCAGAAGCCCCGUGGCAGAAAAGACACUUGGCUGUACGACGGACGAGUUCACCAGUCUGACCGAUGACGAACGGACUGCACUGAAGUGGAAAUUUCUCUUGGAGAGAUGCAAAAUAUAUGUGAAGAUACUGCCGUCUUCUAGAAUGAAGUCUGGGGUCAGGGGGGUGGUCCUGGCCUGCUCGGUGGCUGACCCAGGAGAGGUGAAACAGCACAUGUCUGCCUUGCUGCAGCGCCUGUGAUCACAACACACACACUGACUGAGCAGGAGAGCACAUAUGUUGCAGUUGGCUGCUUUACCUGCUGUGUGGUACUGUUCGGACUGAGAUGUUGACAAAAGGGCAAGAGUUAUUCAUACA